GUGACGGUCAAGGAGCUUGUAGCAAUGGCCAAGACGAUUUCCAAGCAUGCUACCCGCGUCCCAGGCGCCAUCUACCGCAAGCUGCAGUCGGUUAUACGCGCCAGGACAACUGUAUACGAGGCCUUUCAGCAGCUCGCAGGCUUGGAUACGAAGCCUGACCCAGAGAUGGAGGAGAGCAAUGUAGGUCACAAGUACUUCAUUGAUGCUCUGCAGGAGGUCUUUGAGGUUCUCGGUGGCCCUGCUUGGGCGCGGGAUCAGCCGAGUGAGACUGGGAGCCAGGGUUCCCGGGCCAAUGCUGGAAAAGAAGCUGAACUCGAUGCCGAACUCGACGCCGAGGUUGAAAAGGCCAACUUUUCCAACAAAUUUGCAGCACUUGGUCUUGGAAACUCUGCGUAUGACGGGCCUGAUACAGCUGCCGCAGACUCUAGUGACGGCGAGGAAUCCGAUGAGCCAAAGGCAGCUACCGCCGUGCACCAGCGCCGCCAAGCUCGGCCAGGGAGAGGCAAGAAGAAGAAGGGCGGCAAGCGAGCCAAAAAGAGCAAACAAGCAGCCAAGCCUGAGCCCGCGACGUUGGAUCAGGUUCCGCUCGAAAGCUACCGCAUCAUUGAAGAUUCGGACGGCAUCGUCACCGAUUAUCUCCUGGCUGUCUAUGCCCUCUUCGAGGAAAGUAUCGACUUGCGACUAUACAUUAGCGGCGUGUGGCAUGAUGUUGCGUACAAAGGCCUCAACGGCGCCGUAGCCGCUACCCUAGCAGACCUGGCCACGGCCAUGGUCAAGCGGGCUGAGGCGGCUAUCAUGAUCGAAUUUCCCGGCCACGAGUCGUACGAGACGGUGAUGCGGACCAUUACACGUGGCAAUAUAGAGAAGGCAAUGAGCAAUUUCUCAAUGUCGCUUCACAGGGUCUCGAAUGGGGAUGGGCGGACAGAGAAGAUGGAAGAGGCCAAUCUGGAUGUCAAGGAACAGUUCCUCAUCUACGCAUAUCAGGAUCUCGUAGACUUCGUGACCGAUUUCCAGACCACUCGCAGCGGUAAGCCGACCAAGCGCAUGCUUGAGCAGAUAGACAAGUGGAAUCCAACCCUGGAUCUUCGGCGCGCCACCAAGGAGCAGAGACUGCGCUGGCGUCGAUCCUAUACCAUCAACUGGCUUUACGACCUGGUCAACGUCUACUCCAGCAUUGUUGUCCAGCGCAACACGAUGAGAGGGGAACACCAUGUGUACGAAAAGGUCGACUGGGCCGCCGAUGGUCAGUGGCGUGAGCAUGUGCGACUCUAUGGCAUCAACGAGUUUGCCGGCAUUGUGACCUCUCUUGCCAUGCAAAAACCCGGAACCGAUGUCAAAAAGCGUAUCAGCCCAAGCUUGGUGUUCCAACUGCAGUGUAUAGUCGACUCUCUGAUGGUCUCACGGGGUUGGUCCAUCAGCAGCUUCAGGGGGCAUGUGUUGGAGCCACCAAAGAGUGGGUUCCGGCCGAGACGAGACGUCGACCUGUUUCUGGAUCGUGAAAACCAGAGAUCUGGCAAGGGCUAUUUACAGGGCACCGAUGUCCUGAAAGAGCUACUGGAGCGAGACAGCAUGCUGCACGGCGACCCCAGCCGACACCAGGGACAAAUUGCCGUACUUGAAGGCCUGCUGUGGGACUUCCGAGAUUGGCUAGGAGAAUCCAAGUACAUGUCUGGGCUGCAAACGCUGCCACCCUCUCGCUUUUCCAAUAGCAACCCUAAUGGCCUCUGGGAAUAUUCGCCGUUCCUCUGCGGCGUCGGAUUGGCCGAAGGUUUGGAGCUUGGUUACCGUUUCGGCCAACUGCUCUGGGAUCAGAUACCCGAGCCAAUGCUCAUAGUCCACCUACACAACAUGCUCGUACAGAAGAAAUAUCUCGACCGGCCUAUUGGACUGUUUGCUAGUCUGGGGGAGACCUUCCGAGCUGCCUUCUUCGCCGAUGGCCGGCCCCCUACCUCAGACUUUCCCCAGGCUCUUAGCAACAGAGUUGACAAGACGGGUACCCGUUCGGCACAGCGCCAACGAGCCAGACGCAGGGGGCAAGCUAACUCGUUACACGCCAUGCUGGAUGUGACCGCGAACAGUUUCUUCAGUCAAAAAUCCAAUCUCUUAUUGUACCGCGAAUCUGGAUGGAACCUCGACCGUAUCCCCAAUGAGGAUCUCGGCAGGCAAACCCUGCUGCUCAAUUUGCGCUCAGAUGCCGAAUCUUCCAGACAACGCUCCGCUGACAUGGGUGGGCCCCAUCCACUCCGCCUAGAGUCCGACAAUGACCCCAUGCCAGUGCUACCCAGGCGUCCAAGACUAGAAGGUCUGUCACGGCGAGAGUUGCUCGAGGCCAUCCGAGUAGACAUCUACUCGGAUAUCUGCGGCCCUUUUCCUUAUUCAAGUCUCAACUUCCCCUGGGUAACGGCGCGCAUAAUGAUGCUGUUCAUGACGUUUGAAGACCAGCUAAAGAAACUUCACAACCCCACGUAUAACCAGAUCUACCUUGCGAAUAGCGGGCGCAAUCCUGAGAAGCGAGUCUUCUUGGUGGUUGCGGCGUUGGCUGAGACCGAUGAAGAGUGUCUGCGAACCAUGGCUAGAGUUAUGGAAGAACAGAGAGGAGGCUGGAUGGACCACAUUUACUGGGAGGACCUUGAC